AUGGUUCAGGUUAACAUGAACAGAGAAUGUUGGGAUGAGAAGGGACAGGUUUUGAGAGCAUGGCUUGAUAUCACAAGAGGAAAAGAACCUUAUACUAAAAAAGCACUGAGAUAUUUUGAGGAGGGAUUACAAGACGGAAAUGAUAUUUUUGCUCUGCUGGGUAAGGCGCAAUGCCUUGAGAUGCGCCAGAAUUACUCCGGUGCUCUGGAGACUGUGAACCAGAUAAUAGUGAACUUUCCAAGUUUCCUUCCUGCUUUUGUAAAGAAAAUGAAACUACAACUUGCCUUACAGGAUUGGGACCAGACUGUUGAAACAGCACAGAGGCUAAUGCUUCAGGAUAAUCAAAAUGUGGAAGCGCUAAGGAUCCUGGCUCUUUACUAUUUGUGUAGGGAGGGGGACAUAGAGAAGGCUGCCACCAAGCUGGAAAACUUAGAGAAUGCAUUGGAUGCCAUGGAACCACAGAAUGCUCAACUUUUUUAUAAGAUCACAGUAGCCUUCAGCAGAACUGUAAGAGAGCCUGCUAUCUGUUUGGUUUUAGGAUUUAUCCGAUGUCGAUUAAUUGAAGGGCAGUUACAGGAUGCAGAUCAGCAGCUAGAAUUCCUUAGGGAAAUUCAGCAGUCUAUUGGAAAAUCUGCGGAAUUAACCUAUUUACAUGCAAUUCUUGCUAUGAAGAAAAAUAAACAACAAGAGGAAGUUAUUAAUUUGUUAAACGAUGUUCUGGACACUCAUUUUUCACAGUUAGAAGAUCUACCACUUGGCAUACAGUAUUUUGAGAACUUAAAUCCUGAUUUCUUGCUAGAAAUUAUUACCGAAUAUCUGAAUUUCUGUCCAAUGCAGCCUGCAAGUCCUGGGCAACCUCUCUCUCCACUUCUCAGACGUUGUACCUCAAUCCUGGAGACUAUAGUAAGAACUGUACCAGGUCUUCUGCAAGCUGUCUUCCUAAUAGCAAAAGUGAAAUAUUUAUCAGGUGACAUUGAAGCAGCUUAUAAUAACCUGCAGCAUUGUCUAGAACACAACCCUUCUUAUGCAGAUGCUCAUCUCCUGAUAGCUCAGGUUUAUUUGUCUCAGGAAAAAUUCAAAUUGUGUUCUCAGUCACUUGAACUUUGUCUGAGCUAUAAUUUUAAGGUGAGAGAAUACCCUUUAUAUCAUUUGAUAAAAGCUCAGUCACAAAAGAAAAUGGGUGAAAUAGCAGAAGCAAUUAAAACUCUACAUAUGGCAAUGAGUUUACCAGGAAUGAGAAUUGGAGCUUCCUCAAAAUCAAAAUACAGAAAAACUGAAGUUGAUGCAAACCAUCGUUUAUCAAUCUUUCUCGAGUUGGUAGAGGUUCACCGCUUAAAUGGAGAACAGAAGAAGAUACUUGUAUUCAGUCUACUAAAUAGAGUUGGUCUGAUUUCUAGAGAAAUUGCUGAGAGAAUGCCCAGCCCUCGUUCUUUUCUUCUCCUUGGUGAUGCAUACAUGAAUAUACAAGAGCCUGAAGAAGCCAUAGUAGCGUAUGAGCAAGCAUUAAAUCAGAAUCCCAAAGAUGGAACACUGGCAAGCAAAAUUGGGAAAGCACUUGUUAAAACCCACAACUAUUCGAAGGCAAUCACUUACUAUGAAGCCGCUCUGAAAAGUGGACAACAAAAUUAUCUUUGCUAUGACCUGGCUGAGCUUCUAUUAAAAUUGAAAUGGUAUGACAAAGCAGAAAAAGUUCUUCAACAUGCUCUAGCUCAUGAACCUGUAAAUGAACUGUCCACUCUCAUGGAAGAUGGACGUUCUCAUGUUCUUCUAGCAAAAGUUUAUAGUAAAAUGGAAAGACCUGGAGAUGCAAUCACUUCAUUACAACAGAUGAUGGCAGAUCUCAUGUUCAGAAAACAGGACUAUGAACAAGCAGUGUUUCAUUUACAGCAGCUUUUAGAACGCAAACCAGAUAAUUAUAUGACAUUAUCACGUUUAAUUGAUUUCCUGAGACGAUGUGGAAAACUUGAGGAUGUUCCAAGAUUUUUCUUAAUGGCUGAAAAACGUAACUCCAGAGCAAAAUUGGAGCCAGGAUUUCAAUACUGUAAAGGACUAUAUCUUUGGUAUACUGGAGAACCAAAUGAUGCCCUUCGACAUUUUAAUAAAGCUCGGAAGGACAGUGACUGGGGCCAAAAUGCCCUUUAUAAUAUGAUAGAAAUAUGUCUGAAUCCAGAUAAUGAAACUGUUGGAGGUGAAGUAUUUGAAAAUCUGGAUGGAGACCUGGGUAAUUCAACUGAAAAGCAAGAGUCUGUGCAGUUAGCAGUGAGAACAGCAGAAAAACUCCUUAAAGAACUAAAACCUCAGACCAUUCAGGGUCACGUACAGCUUCGCAUCCUGGAAAACUAUUGCCUGGUCGCUACCAAACAGAAGUCUAACGUUGAGCAAGCAUUGAAUACCUUCACCAAGAUAGCAACAUCUGAGAAGGAUCAUAUUCCAGCACUUCUGGGAAUGGCAACAGCUUAUAUGAUCUUGAAACAGACUCCACGAGCCAGAAACCAGCUGAAGCGGAUUGCAAAAAUGAACUGGAAUCCUAUUGAUGCUGAGGACUUUGAGAAGGGUUGGCUGCUGCUUGCCGAUAUUUAUAUUCAAUCAGCAAAAUACGACAUGGCGGAAGAGCUGCUGAAACGGUGCCUGCGUCAUAAUAAGUCUUGCUGCAAAGCUUAUGAAUAUAUGGGGUACAUUAUGGAAAAAGAGCAAGCAUACACAGAUGCUGCCUUAAACUAUGAGAUGGCGUGGAAACAUGGCAAUCAGACAAAUCCAACAGUCGGAUACAAACUGGCAUUUAAUUACUUAAAAGCAAAAAGAUAUGUGGAUGCCAUUGACAUAUGUCACCAGGUUCUUGAAGCUCAUCCAACUUAUCCAAAAAUCAGGAAGGAUAUACUUGAUAAGGCCCGUAUAUCUUUGAGGCCUUGAAAGGUAGUUUAAUUUAGUUUGUUGGUUAUGCAGGAAAUGACAGGUCUCAGUUCUUAUAGUUCAGAAUAGGUUUGAGCUAAAACUUUGUAACAGAAGCAUACUUUUCUUUCUCCAGCAGAGGCUGCUAUUGUAUAUAAAGAGAAAUGCUAUGUCAAAUGGCUGGGUUUCUGAUGGAGAAGGUCAGUGGGAGCUGGUUUAUUUGAUUGACUUUCUUGAUUAGGAGCAGAUUUGGUGUCUCUGUGGUAAAGAUUAUAACCCAUUUCUAUAAAGAAUAUUUUGUUAAAUACGAGGUAAUUAAGUAUCCUAUAUCUUUUCUAAGGAAUAUUAGUUGUUUAUUUCAGGAAAUACAUUCAAAAUGCUUUUGUUCUUUGUUAAAAUUUUUUGUAACAUUCUCUGUUGUUUGAAAGGUUUGAGAAAAUGUUCUUGUAAAUAAUGUAUGAAAAGAAAAAGUAUAUUUUAAUAAAAACUUUAUAAAUGUA